ACCCAUUUCUCAAAAUUUCAAAAACACACAGCCUGAGACUCUGAGUGCCUCGAUCUCCUUCUCUUCUCAUCACCCAGAUCUCGCUCUUUCCGUCGACAGAUCCGAUCGAGAAAAAAAGAAGAAGCAAAGAUGGAGAGUUUGAUUUCUCUAGUGAACAAGAUACAGAGAGCCUGCACGGCUCUAGGCGACCACGGAGAAGCAUCUGCAUUGCCUACUCUUUGGGACUCGUUGCCAGCGAUCGCCGUCGUCGGUGGUCAGAGUUCGGGAAAGUCUUCGGUGUUGGAGAGUAUUGUCGGCAAGGAUUUCUUACCUCGUGGAUCUGGGAUUGUUACCAGGCGACCUCUUGUGCUGCAACUCCAUAAGAUUGAUGAAGGCAGUAGAGAGUACGCGGAGUUUCUCCACCUUCCGAGAAAAAGGUUCACUGAUUUUGCUGCUGUGAGGAAAGAAAUUCAAGAUGAGACGGAUCGAGAGACUGGUCGAACCAAACAAAUCUCCAGUGUUCCAAUUCAUCUCAGCAUAUAUUCUCCUAAUGUUGUCAACUUGACGCUGAUUGACCUUCCUGGACUAACAAAGGUUGCAGUUGAGGGUCAACAGGAUAGCAUUGUGCAGGAUAUUGAGAAUAUGGUCCGGUCUUACAUUGAGAAGCCAAACUGUAUAAUUUUAGCAAUUUCACCCGCUAAUCAAGAUUUGGCUACAUCGGAUGCAAUUAAAAUAUCGCGUGAGGUGGACCCUACAGGGGAGAGGACAUUUGGAGUUUUGACAAAGAUUGAUCUGAUGGACAAGGGUACCAAUGCAGUUGAUAUAUUGGAAGGAAAAGCUUUUCGGCUAAAAUUUCCAUGGGUUGGUGUUGUGAACCGUUCUCAAGCGGAUAUAAAUAAGAACGUUGACAUGAUUGCUGCUCGGCGCAGAGAGCAUGAGUAUUUUGCCAACACACCAGAAUAUAAGCACCUUGCCCACAGAAUGGGUUCUGAGCAUCUUGCUAAGAUGCUCUCAAAGCAUUUGGAAACUGUAAUCAAGUCCAGAAUCCCUGGCAUUCAGUCCCUUAUUAAUAAAACAGUUGCUGAACUUGAAGCUGAAUUGAGUCGUCUAGGAAAGCCUAUUGCUGCGGAUGCUGGAGGAAAGUUGUACACAAUCAUGGAGAUUUGCCGUCUUUUUGAUCAAAUUUACAAAGAACAUCUAGAUGGAGUGCGGCCUGGUGGUGAUAAAAUUUACCAUGUGUUUGAUAACCAGCUUCCUGCUGCCCUGAAAAGGUUACAAUUUGACAAGCAACUUUCAAUGGAAAAUAUUCGGAAGCUCAUUACCGAAGCUGAUGGAUAUCAACCUCAUCUAAUAGCUCCUGAACAAGGAUACCGCCGUCUGAUUGAAUCGUCACUAGUGACUAUUAGAGGUCCUGCUGAGGCGGCUGUUGAUGCGGUUCAUUCCUUGUUGAAGGAUCUGGUUCACAAGGCCAUCAAUGAGACUCCAGAAUUAAAGCAGUACCCUGCUCUCAGGGUCGAGGUUGGAAAUGCUGCUAUUGAGUCACUUGAAAGAAUGAGAGAACAAAGCAAAAAAGCAACACUUCAGUUAGUUGAUAUGGAAUGUAGUUACCUGACUGUUGAUUUCUUCCGCAAGCUUCCUCAAGAUGUUGAGAAGGGUGGAAACCCAUCGCAGUCAAUUUUUGACAGAUACAAUGAUACAUAUCUGAGGCGAAUUGGAACAACUAUUUUGUCUUACGUAACUAUGGUGUGUGCUAGUCUUCGCAAUUCCAUACCCAAGUCUGUGGUUUAUUGUCAAGUACGAGAAGCUAAACGAAGCUUACUUGACCACUUCUUCACUGAGUUGGGAAAACUUGAGCAAAAACGGCUAUCUUCAUUGUUGAAUGAAGAUCCAGCAGUCAUGGAGCGACGCAGUGCCCUAGCCAAGAGGUUAGAACUGUACAGGAGUGCACAAGCAGAAAUUGAUGCUGUUGCUUGGUCCAAGUAGACACGCUUUUAUGAAAGGAUUUUGACUUGAGGCAAGAUAUCAUUCUUUCAUUUUGUAUCUAAUUGUCAUACUAUGGCAAAAUGGGAACGGGGUAUUUUAUUGUACUUUAUUUGGCUAUGAAGGAGCCGAGAUAUAUGUUCAGUCGUCUUUCACUGGGUGACUUGACUUGAUUGGGUUUGUGUAUGCUACAUUUAUAAUAUCUUUAAUCGGUACACAAAUCAUAUGAA